UCGAGUCACAUUUCCAUCGUCACAACCUUCACAAUUUAUCAGUUCCAUUUUGCAUUCAAUCCAUACACAAACAACUAGCUGAGUGCUAGUUUACGCUACGUGAUUGGUCUCGAAUGGCGUCGCAAAAUGGGAUUGUGUUCGAGGAUUUCUUUCCCGCCAUGGUGGAGAAGUUAGGCGCUGAAGGGUUUAUGAAGGAGUUGUCCAAUGGGUUUCAGUUGUUGGUUGAUGAAGACAAGGGUUUGAUCACAUUUGAGAGUUUGAAGAAGAAUUCAGCAUUGCUUGGAUUGCAGGAUAUGAGUGAUGAUGAAGUAAAGUGUAUGGUAAGAGAAGGUGAUUUGGAUGGAGAUGGUGCAUUGAAUGAGAUGGAAUUUUGUACCCUUAUGUUCAGGCUGAGUCCUGGGUUGAUGAUGAAUUCAACAGAAUGGCUCGUAGAGGCUAUUAUUAGUGAGAUGUAGGCCCUUUUUUUUUUUUUUAAUCAUUCUUCUUCUUCUUCUUUCUUUCUAAAGAUAUUGUAGCUCUCCAUCGAUCUAAUUUGUUGCAAUGCAGCCAUUUUAUUCUUCUCUUCCA